AUGGAGGGAUCGGCGACGGAGGGAAAUCACGGAGGCGAUCCCCGCGCCGAGCAUGCCGCAACCAAGGAGUCCAAGGCGGCGGCAACGCAACACCAUCUGACGCUGCUCCAGCCGACCGUGGUCGAAGUUUCUGCAGCCGUGCUGGAUAAGGACAAGGUGGGGGAGCACGAGUCGGUGGGGCUGGUCGGUGGCUCUCCACCUUCUGGUGGACGGGGGAGGCGUAGGCAGAGGAAGAGCGAUGGGGAGGACGAUUAUGACACCGCCGUGCCCGGGGACCUCAUUACGCGGGCGAAGAGGCGGCAGACGACAGGUAGUGCUGACGACGCCGGAGGCGCGGCAGUUGGGACACCGCGAGGCGCCAAGGAAGCUAGUGGCAAGGCGGGCGGUCAAGCAUUGCGCCAGAAGGGCCGACCCGCAGCAAGAAAAGCAUCCGGCGGAAGGAGAGGCAAGAAAGCAGCGACGGGAACAAAGCCGAAACGGGGCGAUGAAGACCCCGGUGAUGCGGAGGAGGAGGAGGAUGAGGAGGAGGAUGCGGAGGGAGAGGAGGAUGAAGAGGAAGCGGAGGAGGAUGACGCGGAUGUUGGGGAGGAUGAAAAAGAUGAGAAUGAUGGCGGGGAGGACGAAGAGGAGGAGGAGGAGGAGGAGGAGGAUGAGGAGGAGGAGGAGGAGGAGGAGGAGGCAGAGAAGGAGGAGGAGGAGGAGGAGGAGGAGGCAGAGGAGGAGGAGGAGGAGGAGGAGGAGGAGGAGGAGGAGGAGGAGCAGGGUGACGACGAGGAGGAGGAUGUGGAGGAGGAGGAGGAGGAGGAGGCAGCGGAGGAGGAGGAGGAGGAGAAGGAGGAGGAGGAUGUGGCGCCAGCAUUGGGCCGCCCGUAA